AUGGGGAUCAGUCGAAGACCGAAGGGUGAGAAGACGCAGAAAGCCCAAGAUGGAGGCGGACGAGCGGGGGCUUCGGGCAGCAGCAAGCCGAAUAUCAAGAAGGCCACUUUUGAUACCACAAAAAAGAAGGAGGUGGGGGUAUCUGACCUCACGUUGAUAAGUAAGGUCUCGAAUGAAGCCAUCAACGAGAAUCUGAAGAAGCGGUUUGAGAACAGAGAGAUCUAUACAUACAUUGGCCAUGUGUUGGUUUCUGUUAAUCCCUUCCAGGACUUGGGAAUCUAUACCGAUGCAGUUCUAGACAGUUAUAGAGGCAAGAAUCGCUUGGAGAUGCCCCCUCACGUUUUUGCCAUUGCAGAAGCAGCAUACUAUAACAUGAAGGCGUAUAAGGAGAACCAGUGUGUCAUCAUCUCAGGCGAAUCUGGAGCAGGAAAGACAGAAGCUGCAAAGCGUAUCAUGCAAUAUGUGGCAAAUGUUUCUGAGGGCAGCAAUUCGUCUAUUCAGGAGACUAAGGAUAUGGUUCUUGCUACAAAUCCCCUACUCGAGUCUUUCGGAAAUGCGAAGACACUUCGAAACAACAACUCCUCUCGAUUCGGCAAAUAUCUGCAACUACAAUUCAAUGCUCAGGGCGAGCCGGUUGGAGCCACAAUCACAAAUUACUUGCUCGAGAAAUCCAGAGUGGUUGGACAGAUUCGAGACGAGAGAAACUUUCAUAUCUUCUACCAGUUCACCAAAGGAGCUUCAAACGAUUACAGAACUAAUUUUGGCAUUCAACAACCUUCUACCUACCCAUAUACGAGUCUCUCGAAAUGCUUGGAUGUCGAUGGUAUCGACGAUAUUGCAGACUAUGCCGAAACACUGGAAGCAAUGAGGAUCAUUGGUCUAUCCCAAGCUGAACAGGAUGAGAUCUUCAGAAUGCUGGCUGCAGUCUUAUGGACCGGUAAUAUCCAAUUCAGGGAAGACAAAGAUGGGAAUGCCGAGGUCAUAGAUGACUCCGUGGUCAAUUUCUUGGCAUACCUCCUCGAAGUUGAGCCAGCAGCCGUUGUGCAAGCAAUCACCAUCCGGAUUAUUACCGCACGAAACGAAGAUAUUGAAUCUCCCGCAAACCCCGCACAGGCUUUAGCUACGAGAGAUGCUCUAGCCAAGGCAAUAUACAACAACCUCUUCGACUGGAUCGUCGAGCGCGUCAAUGUUUCAUUGAAGGCCCGUGGUACCCCAGCACACUCCAUCGGUAUUCUUGAUAUCUAUGGAUUUGAGAUUUUCGAGAAGAACAGCUUUGAGCAGCUCUGUAUCAACUACGUCAACGAGAAGUUGCAACAGAUCUUCAUUCAACUUACUCUAAAGACAGAGCAGGAAGAAUAUGCCCGAGAGCAAAUUACUUGGACACCAAUCAAGUACUUUGACAACAAAGUUGUGUGUGACUUGAUCGAAGCUGUGCGGCCACCGGGUGUGUUCUCCGCAAUGAAGGAUGCAACCAGGACCGCACAUGCAGACCCGGCAGCCUGUGAUCGAACUUUCAUGCAGGCUAUCAAUGGAAUGUCAAAUGCUCAUUUGACUCCCCGCCAAGGCAAUUUCAUUAUCAAGCAUUACGCUGGUGAUGUCAGCUAUACCGUGGAGGGUAUUACAGACAAGAACAAGGACCAACUUCUCAAGGGCCUCCUGAACCUCUUUAGCCGCAGUGGCAACCAAUUUGUUCACAACCUUUUCCCUCAUGAAGUCGAUCAGGACAACAAGAAGCAACCGCCUUCAGCCGGUGACAAGAUAAAGGCGUCCGCCAAUGAUUUGGUGGCCACUUUGAUGAAGGCUCAACCUUCAUACAUCCGUACCAUCAAGCCCAACGAGAACAAAUCGCCUUCCGAAUAUAAUGUGCCAAAUGUCAUGCAUCAAAUCAAAUAUCUAGGUCUCCAGGAAAACGUCCGAAUUCGGCGUGCUGGGUUUGCAUAUCGUCAGACCUUUGACAAGUUCGUGGAACGAUUCUAUCUCCUCUCCCCUAAGACAUCUUAUGCAGGCGACUAUACCUGGACCGGAGAUGCAAAAUCGGGCGUGAAACAAAUUCUGAAGGAUACCAGCAUUCCCCAAGAAGAAUUUCAAAUGGGCGUGACGAAGGCAUUUAUCAAGGCGCCAGAAACUCUAUUCGCGCUCGAGCACAUGCGUGAUAGGUAUUGGCAUAACAUGGCUAUCCGUAUCCAGAGGGUCUGGCGAGCCUUCUUGCGGAUCCGCAUCGAAGCAGCUACUCGCAUUCAGAGACUGUGGAGAAAGAAGAAGGUCGGCGCCGAGUUCCUGAAGCUUCGGGAGCAAGGCCAUCGAGUUCUGCAAGGUCGUAAGGAGAGACGAAGAUUCAGUUUGCUCGGCUCAAGGCGGUUCAUGGGGGAUUACCUUGGUGUCAAUGCAAACACUGGCCCUGGCAGCAGAAUCCGCUCUGCUCUCAACCUCUCCGAACAAGUCAUUUUCUCUUGCCGAGGUGAACUUCUCGAGACAAAAUUCGGUCGAUCAAGCAAACCCGGCCCUCGAAUUCUGGUCUUGACAAAGAGCAAGUUCAUCAUUGUCAGCCAACAUUUGGUCAAUAAACAGGUCCAAAUCGCUCCUGAGCGAACAAUCACCCUUGGUUCGAUCAAAUUCGUUGGUACUUCAACGUGUCGAGAUGAUUGGUUUUCGCUGGGCAUUGGCUCUCCGCAGGAAGCUGAUCCAUUAUUGACAUGUACUUUGAAGACUGAACUAUUCACACAUAUGCAGAAUGCCAUGCCGGGUGGAUUCCAACUUAAGAUCUCCGACUCCAUCGAAUACGCCAAGAAGCCCGGAAAGAUGCAAGUCAUUAAAGCCGUGAAGGACUCGACCAUGCGAGAGGACUUCUACAAGAGCGGAGCCAUCCAUACAAGCCAAGGAGAGCUGCCGAACUCGGUAUCACGCCCCUUGCCGAAAGGAAAGCCUGUCCCAGCCAAGCCAUUCACGAAAGGCCGACUCAUCCGACCCGGCGGACCUGGUGGACGUCCAUCCAAGUUGUCAAAUGGAAACAGAAACACCACCCCAGUCUCCAACUCCUUUGUGGGCUCUCAACCUCGAGCUACACCUCAAUCUACUGCUACUAGAAAUACCCCUGCAGUCUCGCGAAAUCUUCCCCCGCCUCCUCCCCCAGCUCCUCCUGCCGGUCCAAGGGAGCCACAGUACCGUGUACUCUACGACUUCGCUGGUCAGAGUGAAAAUGAAGUCACCCUGAAAAAGGACGAACUCAUCACCAUUGAACAGAAGGAAGACAAUGGCUGGUGGUUAGCCAAGACCUCUUCUGGCAAGAAAGGUUGGGCUCCUUCUGCGUACCUCAAGGAAGAAGCCCCUCCGCCACCCCCUGCCGUUCCCGCCUUCCGCCCUACCCCUCCUCCCCCACCCCCAGCGAAGAACGGCACUGUACCAGUCGUUCGUGCCAAACCUCAGCCCCCUGCUCCCCCAGCAAAGCGACCUGCUGCAGGCGGCCGCAAACCAGCUCCCCUCCCAGCCCCUCGCGAUUCAGGUACAAGUAUGACGAGUAAUGGCGGUACAGAUAGUGGUCGCAACACUCCAAGCUUGGCAGGCGGGUUGGCUGAGGCUUUGAGGGCGAGACAAAAUGCUAUGCAACGAGGAAGAGACGAUGAAGACGAUUGGUAG